AUGAAGAGCUAUGGAAGAACUGAAGGCACUACAAGCUAUAAUGAGAUGUUUAAUUUUUCAAAACACAAAUUGAAGGAUGAAGAGGAAGCAUUCUGUUGCGGCAUAUGUUGUGAAACCAUGUUCGCGACAUCAACCAACAAGUUUGAAAACGAUUGUACAUGUCCUUGUUCAUUCUGCAAUGAUUGCAUAGCCAAGCAUAUCAAAGUGAGCAUUGAAGAAUACAAUCGAGGCAAAAUCAGAUGUCCUAGGUGUGAUCAGCUGUUGGAUCCUCUCUCAUGCAGGCACAUCAUCCCGGCACCACUUUUCGACAAGUGGUGCGACAAGCUCUGCAACUUAGCUGUUCUAGAGUUGGAUACAUGUUACUGUCCCUACCGGGAUUGCUUGGCUUUGGUUGUGACUGAGUGUGGAGUAGGGGAUCUUGUGAGGAGAUCCAAGUGUCCCCAUUGCAAGAGGCUGUUUUGCUUCCAGUGCAAGCAACCGUGGCAUGCAGACUAUGAAUGUGAAUAUAGUAGUAGUGAUAUGGAGUUUGGGGUGGUUGAGAAGAGGGAGAAGUGGAUGAGAUGUCCCGCGUGCAAACAUUGUGUUGAACGUGCUAAAGGUUGUAGAAUUAUUCAUUGCAGGUUGGUGGUGGCGACGAACAGGACGGCGAUGGAGAAAAGGUCAUCGGUGGACACUUCCAGAGGGAGCUGGACGGAGAGGAAUUUUUCAAGGAUUUGUAUUUGGGAAUCCGAUGGUGAAGCUGGUGAUAUCACUUGCGAUAUAAUCGAUAAUAUAGAGGCUUCGAUGCUUUACAGAGAUGGUUCUAAGUCGGAUCGUGAUGGGGUUAACCAGUUUCGAAAGGGUCCAUGUUGUUUUACCGGGGAAGUGAGUAAACUGGGUCAGACUAUAUCGAAAGGGUAUAAGAAUUACGAUUUGAUGCUGAAUCUCCAACUGGGUAGUAGCUAA